AUUAUUUUUUUAUUUAUCAUUUUGCAACAGAAAAUACUAAAUGGUAUUAUCCCUUAUUUAUGCAAAACUAAAAUUAAUCCAUUAAAUUACAAUUAAAAUUGGGAUACACACACACACACACACACAAAGGCCGUUAAUAAAACCAAAAUUAUCUCAUAAUUUUCUCUCUCAACUCAACAACUCUCUCACUCAUCAUAACAACUCUACGCAUCUUCUCUCUCUAAACUAAGAGUUUCAAGAAAAAAAUACUCUCUCACUCAUCACCGUUCUUCUCGCAACUCUAUCAUCUUUCUCUCUCUAGAAUUCAAGAAAAUGUCAGAAAAUGGCGAACCAAGAAAGAACACCAGAAGCUUUGACUCCGUCGAUCCUUCUUCUCUAUUUGAUCAAACAACGACUGCCGCCAUCAAUUUACCGAUCAAGAAACGCAGGAUACUAAAUGGAGCUAACAAUCUAGAGUUCGCUGCAUACUUUGAUAGCAUCACACUUGAGAAUAUAUCCACCGCUUCUGCACCAUCCGCCAUUAAUGGAGUUCAAACUGAUAUUAAUUCUGCACUACGUGAUCGAACAGUCCCGAUAAUGAAUAACGCUAUUACAAAUCACACUCAGACAAGCGCUUUCGACGAACCAGGUUCCAGAUAUAUCCCAACUGAAAAUAAAUGCAUAUCGAAGAAAUUAGGAUCGCAAGAUCGGCAUUCGCUCUACCUCGAUUAUAUAGAUGCCAUUUUGCUAACCGAUGAAGCCGAUAUUGGAGUUUGCUCUCCAUGCUCGUUCGAAAAUAAAAAUACGAUGACCGUAUUUGAUGGAUCCAAUAGGGAAUAUUACAUGGUACUAUCGAAGUACGAUAAGGGCGGCGGGAUCAUGACGUAUUUCGAGCUUGGCGGUGAUUGGGAAAAAUUCGUUCGUGCUAACAAAUUGAAAAUCGGGGACGAAGUUGUCUUUUACCAUCUUGAUCGUGACGAAAAAUCGUACGUCGUUAAGUAUUUCAAAAAGCCUGCUGACCGGAUAAUUAAAAACGAUAGAAUCACAGUACAUGAGAGAACAGCUGCUGCAUAUAAAGAAGAACAACACGAAGCAAAUAAAAAUACUACUACCCGGAAAUCAAAUCCUUCAGUGCCGGAUUCCACGCACUACAACGGAGACGACGAACCGACCUUAUCGAAGAAGCUAGCUUCAUAUGAUGUAAUAAAAGAAAACGCUGUACUAUGCCUGGAUUAUUACGAGGCGCUCCUUCUAACAGACGACCCUGAAAUGGCGCACGGAAACACAAUCAUUGUAUACGAUGAAGCCAAUAGAAAAUACUAUAUGGUUUUAUCCAAGCACGAAAGAAGUGGUGGUAGGGUCCGCUACGAGCUAGGUGGCGACUGGAAAUAUUUCGUCCGGUCUCACAAUUUGAAAUCGGGAGACGAGCUUUUAUUCCACCAGAUAAUCGAUGAAGAAGAUAGUAGUAUUCGUGAUCAAAAUUGCUACGCCGUUAGGUAUUAUAGGAAACCUAAGACGAGAAACAAGUGAAGAAAUUAUAAAUGUUUUCGUUGUAUUUUUGGUAAUUAGGGUACAUUAAUUUGUUGUGCUUGUUGGUAUUGUUAUACACCAGAAGCAGUUUCAGAGUUUAUUCCAAAAAAAAGUUCCUAAGUGUUAUUUCAGUUAAGGGGAUUGAUGUGAUAAAAAUGUCGUGUUUCAGUGUUAAUAAUACCGUUUCGACUUCAAAAAUAAUAUUGACCAUGUUUUAAGGCUUAAUUCGGCAAUACUCAAAAGACAAAUUGUGUGCUUCUUUAAGUUAGAUUUCUAAUACAACUUGAAUGAGUACAAUUGGAUGUUGAUCGAGAAAGAUAUGCACAAAUCAGUGAAGACUGCCCAUAACGUUGAUUUUUGAG